CCGUCAGUCGAUAAGUGCCUCGUAGCAAGCGGGGGGAUGCGGUUAACAGGGUUGAGAGCAAUGAGUAGAAAAGGCUGGCCUCUAAUCCCGGUUGCCUCAUUGAGAAUCGAUGGAAAGAAGACUCAAUCAAAUUCCAUGAUCGGGGAAAGAAUAUGAAGAAGGGAGAUAGAAGCUUCAGGUGAAGCUGGGAUUCAGCAAGAUCGUAGGACGUUGAAGAAAGAAAGAGGACAGGAGGUUGUACCCAAGCCACACAUGAGCUUGUCAAGCCACAAGUCUGUGAUUGUGCUUGUCCUUGACAGCUGCACAGACCCACCCGGUAGCUCGUUCACCCGCAGCCGCAGCGAUCCGGCGUGUGAUUGGUUGGAGGCUUUGCCAAAUUUCUGAACUGGCGAAAUAGUACGAGCUCUCAGAAAGGGAUUCGUGAUCCUUACCAGCACCCACGUUGACACCAAUUGCCAGAAAUGGCGAACCCCAAUGCGAUGCGGCCAUCGAUAGGUCGCGUAUUGCGCCUCCAGGAGACUCGGCAAUGGCUGCCUACGACACCCGCAACGGCCACCCAAUCCCGAACCGCAGCGGCAUGCUUCUCGACUUCGGCUGCGCACUCGGUGCGCAAGACGCGCGACAAUAACCGCCUGCGAGGUGUCAGUACCAUGAAGAGAUCCGGUCCCCGUGAGCCGCUGUCCGUGUCAUGGGAGACGCUACCCAAGCCGUCAAACUACAAGCGUGAGGUUCCUACGGACCCGAACCACGGGCUCUGGGAUUUUUUCUACGGCAAGAACAAGCUCUUGAACACGCCUAAAGAGGACCAGUCUCACGGCCGUGCAUGGACGGUGGAGGAGCUGAGAAAGAAGAACUGGGAAGACCUCCACUCGCUGUGGUAUGUCUGUCUGAAGGAGAGAAACCGCAUUGCGACGACGAGUCUUGAGCGUGAGAGACGCAAAGUCGGUUUCGGAGGCUUCGAGGCCAAUAGUAGGGACGAGACGGUUGUCACGACGAUGAAGGCGAUCAAGCACGUCUUGACGGAACGUUUUUACCUCUGGGAGGAUGCGCGCAGGUUGGCCGAAAACGACCCCGAGAUCAAUCUCUCUGGUGAAGGAGAGGCAUACACGCCGCUGGCAGGAUACGAGAACAUGGAAGAGGGCAACAAGUACCUCGCCGAGGAGGUCGAGGCCGCAGCUGUCGAGUCACCAGUUAUCGAGGCCGCAGCUGUCGAGACGCCUGCCGAGCCUCAGGCAGAGAAGAAGGAAGCCGCACCUGUCACGCCAGAGGCUGAGGAAGAGGUCGAGGUCAAGGUAAAGCCACCGCACCCAGCGAAGAAGGUCAAGCCUAGCAAACCGGUGGAGAGCAAGCCUGCGCCGGCGAUGCCCAAGCCGAAGAUCUGAGCAACUUUGUUUG